AUGAUCCAGUUAUUAUCUGUACUUCUGGAUCUCCCAGGUAUCAUUGAGGGUGCCAAGGAUGGGAAAGGUAGAGGCCGUCAAGUCAUUGCAGUGGCCAGAACGUGUAACUUGAUCUUGAUUGUUCUGGAUGUCCUGAAACCCUUGGGACAUAAGAAGAUAAUAGAAAAUGAGCUGGAAGGCUUUGGCAUUCGCUUGAACAGCAAACCCCCCAACAUUGGCUUUAAGAAGAAGGAUAAAGGAGGCAUUAAUCUCACGGCCACUUGCCCUCAGAGUGAACUGGAUGCUGAAACUGUGAAGAGCAUUCUGGCUGAAUACAAAAUCCAUAAUGCUGAUGUGACUCUGCGUAGUGAUGCCACAGCAGAUGACCUCAUUGACGUGGUGGAAGGAAACAGAGUCUAUAUCCCCUGUAUCUAUGUGUUAAAUAAGAUUGAUCAGAUCUCCAUUGAGGAAUUGGAUAUCAUCUAUAAGGUGCCUCACUGUGUACCCAUCUCUGCGCAUCACCGCUGGAAUUUUGAUGACCUGUUGGAAAAGAUCUGGGACUAUCUGAAACUAGUGAGGAUUUACACCAAACCCAAAGGCCAGUUGCCAGAUUACACAUCCCCAGUGGUGCUGCCUUACUCCAGGACCACAGUGGAGGAUUUCUGCAUGAAGAUUCACAAAAACCUUAUCAAAGAAUUUAAAUACGCUCUGGUGUGGGGUCUCUCUGUGAAACACAAUCCUCAAAAAGUGGGUAAAGACCAUACGUUGGAGGACGAGGAUGUCAUUCAGAUUGUGAAGAAGUGACACCAUCCCCUUCACCAUCUGCUGGGCCAACCAUGGCAGCUUUCUCCAUGAUCAAACACCUGACUCCAAGCCCCUCCUGGCUUUGGCAGCCACUGGAUCAGGAUACAGGGGAGGGAGAUGGAGGCACCCAAAUUGGAACUUCACUUGGCUUAACUUGGUGUCACCUUGUAUGUUGAGCUGCAUAAAGGAUCUGGUAGGCCAGCCAACUAUGUACA